GGAGUCACCCAAAUUGAUUGCAUUUAGAACUCGGUCGCGUGUGGAAUUUGCGUAGGUGUUAACGGUUACCAUGACCGUACGCGGCAGAAGUUGCAGAAGUGCGCUGUACGUUUAGAUGGUGUUCCGAAGGCAGGUUCUUUCCAAUGACUGUGCCGCUUUUUCCGAAAAUUUGAAUCAAACCAUUCAUCACGGUGCCAUCGGAGGACGUAUAAGAUAAACUUCACGCCACUUUACCGCCCCAUCACCAUGUCACAUUUGAACGCGAUCGAAAGUCCGUCGUCGUGUCCUUGGCAACAGCAACAGUAGGCGCCAAGUGCGGAAGGUGCGGACAACACGGAGAAGUUGAGAGAGGGGUGUGUUUGUUGGGUUGGGCAGAUUGUGUAUCGUUCAUUUUAAGCAGCACCCCCCGAAAAACACUAGCCCUCCCCUGAUAAACCCGAACCAGAGUGAAGUGAGUUCCAUCGUCGCGAUGGAAUCACUGAAUGUACUUUCGUCGCCAUCGAACGCGGAUGAUACGGAAACGGAUUCGAUCGGCACUUUCGAUGGAGCAGUGGCGGCAGGAGUGAAUGGCGUUCAGUACCGGCACGACGCCGUGGCUGGCGAGGGCCAACCAGAGCAGGACCAUUUGCGAAAGGGCCUUAACCGCAUCUCGACCGAUUCGGCAUCCACUUACGAAAUCGUGGACGCCGACCGCAGCCCGCAGUCACCCGCGUCCGACGGUAGCGACGAUGGGCACGACGGGGGAGUGGACGGCGAUGAGGACGAUGACGGCGAGGAUGAGGAGGAUGGGGAGGAAGGGGAGGACGAGAUGUGGAGCAAUAUUGUGCGCAUAAAUAAGGCGACGAGCGCGACGGUGGCUGAACUGACGGGCAGCGGUGGAAGCAGCGAUAUCAACCCGGGGUUGGCCGGGGUUGGGCACCGGCUGGUGGUGAAUGAAAUCGAGUACGAAGUGGUGCAGGAGGGCAAUGGUGUCGAAUCACUGAACCUCGACGUAGAUGAGGGUGACCCAGCGUCGGUCGCGGGUGAAUUAUUGCAGCGAAAACGUUUCGAUCUGGCGCGCUCUUCCACGUCCAAGGAGGAAAAACAACGGCACAAUGAGGAAAUAGUGAUCAUGAAAUCGAAUUCGCUCUCCUCUGACACGACGGGCACCACCGGCUCGUGGGAACCGGUCAGCGUGGAAGCUUGCUGUGAUGCGAACGACGAAGAGGCAGCAGCGGAAAGUGUCGAAGUGGGCGAGCCGUUGUCAGCGGCGACGACAGCACCACCGACUGCAGCAAAGGCGUGCUUCAUCGACGCGUCUUCCCUGUUCGAUGACGAUGAGGUCGUAUAUCCUUCUUUUCAAGAGAGCACGACGUCUUCCGGACAGCAUAAUCCAUGGAACACACGAACGGCACUGCCCGGUGAAUCAUCCGUUCAGCUCGCGACUAUUCUGAGUGACGACGAGAAACUCCGUUCGGGUGAAAAGCCGGCCACGGUGGAUGUGAGAGAUCAGUACAGUGCUGCACCCGCUACAAACGAAUAUCUCGUGGCCAAGCUGCGCUUGGCCGAAUCGAACUCCUCGCAGCGGGCCGGAGAUGCGCUCGAUGGGAGCGACCGUGAGGAUGUGCUAGCCAGACAGGAAGCCGAACGAAAGCAAGGAACGUUCCUAUUUCAAAACUCUAUCCAACAGUACUCCGGACAUCUGAUCGAACCGUCGAGCAGUUUGCAGUUCGCGCCGGAGGAAACCUACAGCGAUCUAUCGCUGCCGAGCGUCUAUUCUUCGAGCAGCGAGCCACCGAACUAUGGCGACUAUGGGCCGCUGUCAGUUGACAACUUCCGGUAUUCGUUGUCGAGCACCACAGGCGUAGGCGGAGGUGUCGAUGAAGAACAUCGUAGCAACGUUGGUGGUGGUUUUCUUCGCGGUGGAGGAGGCACGAGCACCAGCGGGUACAACUCGGGUUCGGCCGAUUACAACAGUCGCACGCAGGCAACUAGCGAUGUCGAGUCGACGACGCACUAUCCUAACACGCCGUUCAACUCGAUCGUGCACGUUACGUCUGCGGCAAACAUUAUCGCGUCCGACAGCACCAGCCGGGCCAGCUCGGUCGACCGGGAAUCUCAUUCCACCCCUAUCCGCAUCCCAAAGCGUCUGCAAAAGCACGACGAAUCGGCUCCGAUCGUAUCCGGUGGUGCGUCGAUUGAGGAUUUCACUCCGAAGCAGUGCGAAAGUCCGUCGGUACGCCGGCGUACUGACACCUGCCCGAUCGUAUCCGGUGGAAGCAUCAGUUUUGACGAUCCCGCAGACAACCACCACCCGAGGGGCUUCUCGAGACAGCUGAGCAAGAGUGGUUCGGGCAAGUCGUGGGUGGUCGAUCUGAAAAACUGCCCGGACGAUGAAAAGUCUGCCGCUAUGAUGCAUCAACAACAACAGCAGCAGCACCACUCGCUCGAGUCGCAUUCGUCCGGGCAGCGCAGUUUAGGUUUUUUCGUCGAUCUGGGCAGUCUUAAGACGCCCGAGGAUGAGAAGCCCAUCGCCGCAACGACAACGACAACGGUGGCGAACCGGCCACGAACAGGCGUUCGAUCGGAGUUCAUGAAGAAAUCGACCGGUUUUUAUAUCGAUCUUUCGGAUGACGGUGGUGACAGUACGACCCGCAGCCAAACGCCAAAGCUAGGCGCUAGCAACGAAACACCUCCACCAUCCGCUUCGGCUCUGAGCGGACGCAAGGACUCGCCAGAAAGCGCGAACGGAGAGAAGCAACCCGACCGCAGCAAUAUGUUUUCGAUGUUUAUCGAUAUUGGCCAAGAUGGAACCGUGUCGAAUGGAAAACCGACGGCGAUGCCGAGGAAGCUUUCAAUGCCCCACGCAUCGGUGCAGAGCAAUGGUGCCGGCGACGAGCGGCGGGAUCUUGUGCGCCCCAGUAGCCUUGGACCGUCGGGCGAGGAAACGAAUAAACCAUACUACAUGUUUAUCGGUGCUGCGGACGGUCCGCCGGCGGUUGUCCGACGAACGCACGCUAAUGGUGACCGUGCCGCGCUGACAAGGAACGAUUCGAAGCGACACUCCUGGAAUACAACCAUCGGCGAAGCCGGUGGUGGUGGAGGUGGAUUUCACGAGCGACGGAUCGCUUCCAACAGUGCCUACCAGCGUUCGACCAGCGUCACCAGCGAUCGGGGCAUCAUGAACAUUCUGGACAAAAUACCACUCCUCUCGAAAACGUCCAGCAUGUCGAUCGAUUCAUCCGUAUCACCGUUCGAGGAUUUUACCUGCUCCAAGUCGGAGCUGAGCAACACCUACUCGAAUCACUCGAUUUCCUCCAACUCGGCUGCCGGCGGGGUUGGCGGAGGCGGCAACUCGAGCGGCAACGAUUCGAAGGUCUCGCCAAACGAUGCCACCAAAGACGGAAAUCCGGCCGACCCGGCGAUGACGGCGUCGGCGAAGAAAAAGCGUCGCGAUGCGAAAAUCAACGAAACGUUCGACAAGAGCAGCCAGGGUUCGGUGACAGACGGGAUUCUUUCGUCGAACGAGGACGCCUCGCCUACAUCUACCACGACCGACACGGACGACGUGACGUUCCAGAACAAUCCGACCGAGGAAGAUGCUAUUCUGCUCGCGCAGCAGGCGACAGUUGCAACCGUCGUUACGGGCUCGUUAGAUACGGGCAAAAAACCAGAAGAGCAAGCAAUCAAACUGUCCAACAUCACCACCACCACCACCACCAGCAAACAAAUGGAAACGAUCCAGGAGGCGGUGGAAAGUUCGCCAAAGCAUGCUGCCGGUUCUUCGCGCAGCAAAACGCAGCACACCAUGGAAACGCUACAUGCUACGAUCGAGAAGCAGAAGCAGCUGCUCGAAACCGUCUCGGAAAAUGUCGAGUCGCACGCGUCUGUAUCCACCUCGUUUGUGAAGCUGUCCGAUAUGGAUAAACCACCGUCGGCUGUGGCGGCGGUGUCGUCGACGACGUCAAACAGUCAAUUCAUCGCCACCAAGUUCGAGCUACACUCGAGCACUGGCAGUGGAACUGGUGGUCAGGGCAGCAAUAUGUCAAACUCGGCCGGUUCCAGUCGAGUUGCGCGGCUGUUCGAAUGUCAGAAGUACAAUACCAUCGGUUCGGCAAUCGGCGCUAGCAAUCAGGCCAUGAUGAGGCAGCAUCAGCAGCAGCAGAAAGUGUCCAACUAUUAUCACGGGGCGAAUGGGUCUACUUCAAUGGAGCGGCACUCGUGGAAUAUGUCUCGCUCGACCGGUAACAGCAAUUUUGUGAGUCUCAUUUCGUCGUCCGUGGAAAACUCCCGUUCACUGAGCCGUCUGUUUCCGCACCUCUCAAAAGCAUUUAGCAGCAGUCUUCCUUCCGAUGUCGGAAUGAACGGGUCAUCGGGUCGCGGCCAGGAGGGAAAUGAGUACACCCAGUCCGACUUUUCCUGUACCUCGAGCAUCACAUCGAGCCGAUCCGGCAUCGAAUCGAUCGACGAGUCAAUCUCUAGCCGGCAGCCGCGCCGCUUGGGAGAAGAUCUGCUGAAGAUGUUCCUGCAGGAGAUCGCCACCGACGUGACGAUCGAGGUCGAGGCGAAGAAGAUGCGGGCGCACAAGUGCAUCCUGCGGUCACGCUGUCAGUACUUUGCGGCAAUUCUCGCUGGGAGUUGGGUGCAGAAUGCAGGCAACGUGAUCAGCCUGCCCGGCUAUUCGUACGCGGCGGUGCACUUUGCCCUGUGCCACAUCUACUCUGGUGCCUCUCAUCCACCCGAAGGCAUCAGUCUGAUGGAACUGGCCGCCCUGUCCGAUCUUCUUGGCCUCGAGGGGUUGAAGGAGGUAACGGCGUACGCGUUGAAAACGAACUAUUGUCAUAACUUCCACAAGCCUUGCGUCGGUUGUACGGAUGGCGUUUUGCAGGUUCUGCCAGUCACGCUUAACCAUGGGCUGGAUGAUCUGUACCGAAAGUGCUUGAAGUGGGUCUGCCGUCACUACGUGAAGAUUUGGUCGCAGAAACAGUUCUCCCAGCUGCCACUCGACGUGGUCCAUCGCUGUCGGCAGCAGAUUGUGGCGCACCUGAGCUCGGAAAGUGUUCUUACGACCAUCCUGGACAGCGAGCAGCUCCUAACACUCCUACACCCGUACAAGUGGUCUGUGGAGGUGGAAAAUGUAGUCCGGGACAUACUGGAUGCGGCGUACGACUACAUUACCGAUCACUUUGCGUCGCUGCUGGCAAGUGACAGCUUCCUUUCACUCGGGCAGAACUAUCGCUGGGCGAUUUCGCACGUGGAACCGAUUCUGCUGCCGGCAGCAAACAAUCUCAGUGCGGAUCAGGCCUGCAAGAGCUACCCGCGGGCGACACGGCUCCACAAGCUGCUGCAAGCGAAAGUGCUUACGAUGACAACAACGACGACGACACCGAUGUCGUCGAGCGACAACACAAACGUGGUGAACAUCUACGAGAAGCAAUCGAAGGCAGGAGGUCGCAAGGAGGUGGACUACAACCUACAGGAGGAAGAGAUGGACUGGUGCGACGAGUUUGUGGGCAUGGUGAACGCUAUUCUGUCCGCGGUGGAGCAGUGUCUCAUUCGGCAGUGCGCUCGAGCGAUGCGUGUCAGCUCCUGGCAGCGGAUGGACGUGGAGCUGCGCAACAAGAUCCAAAAGCUUGCCUGUCUGCUCGAAACGACCGAUGAGCGGAAGUCUCGCUCGCGCUACUCGUACUCCUCGCAGACAACAUCCUCCUCAUCGUCGAUCCACUCACGCACGAACGAUCUCCGGCAGGUGCGGUUGGCCAUCCAGGCGCACACGAAGCGGGCGUACGAAAACGGUGGCACCGCGGGCAAUAAUAAAACACAGCACACGCAAACGAACAUCGUACAGCAGAACGAUCUGAAUGCGGCCCUACUAAGCUCGCAUAAGCUGGCCAAGUACCAGCAGGAAAACGGUACGAUCAUGCCGACGGUACUCUCCAACGCAACUGCGGACCGUGGGCUGAUGAAGCUGCAGCAAUCUCAGGCCACCGAAAACGGCGGACGGCUAUCGAAAACAUCAUCCAAAAGUAACGUACCGGCGGAGGGUAUUGGCGGGAAACGGUCGAUUCCCCUGGCCAAUGGGCGCCCAUCGGGAACAACAAAUGGCAUUCGAAUGGGUCUGGUUGGUUUGGCGAAGGCGAACGUUCAGCACAAGCGUUCCCAGUCGGAAGAUCACGCCGGGCGGAUUCCACCUUCGGCCAAACCGGCGGUAAGUGACCCGUCGCCUGGUAAUUUGCGCGUCAAACUAAACAACGUCAAGCCACGGUAUCUGGAACCGAAAAAGCCUAAAAAUACGGCCAAUUUGCACGCGCAAAACAAUAACCAUCACAUUUCGUCCAGUGGCAGCUCGACGCGUACCUCCAGUCCGGCCCUGUCCGGCCACCGAAAGCCGGUUAAGGUACCAACGGCGCAACCAAGAGCCGGUCACGAAUCGAACCUUUCGCUCGACAGCCUGUCGUCGCCGGCGAAGCAGAAACUCGGUGCCCCGCCCGCAAAGCCGCCCCGAACGACCAUCAGCGAGAUGGACGUCUCCAUCGACUCGUUGGCAGAGUCGCUGAAGUCGAUGAACUCGAUCAAAACGAGCAACACACUGUCGCACGAAUCGUUGAUCUACCAGGAGUAUUUCAAGCCGAAAACAAUCAACAACGCCACGAUAGUCGAGUCGGGACUGAUGAAAAAUGGGUUGCAUCUGAAGGAUAGCAACAAGGAUAAUCGUGAGAAGCGCCCGAGCGUUGGAAAAUCAAUAGCAAACGGGGCUCCAAGAGGAAAUGGCUCCAAGGCGAAUCACCAUGCACCACCAUCCGGUAUUGCAGGAUUUGUAGGCAAUCGUGGUGGUGGUAUCAAUGGAAUCAAUCGUACCACUUCGUCGGCAAGUGUUGGCUCGAAUCCGGGUGGCGAUCGUACUUCUGGUCAGACGUUGGUAAAGCGUAGCUUCUUGUCUCAGCGCUCCCGCGAAAUCCUCGCCCGCCGCUCGCACGAACCGAAAUCGAACUCGACCAACUCGAGCAACAAGUCGGCCGCCUCAUCGCCGAGUCUGCUGCUCACGCGCGAUAAAUCCACCGGCAGUGACAUCACGAAAUCGGGUUCCUCAGCCUCACUAACGACGACGACGACGACCAAUUCGAGCGGAAGAAAGGUGUUCAACACGACGCUCCAUUUGCGGCGUACGGCGAAAAUGCCCGCCCCGGAAACGGCGGCUGCAACUCGUACCUCCAUCAGCCAAGAACGAAAGGGCGAUAAGGCCGUCGUCUCCAAGGGAUCGCACCGCCCCAAACCUCUCGAUGGUGGUAGGACAGCGCCACUGGUAAAAGGUCAUGCGAUGGACACCACCCUUGUUGCCCCCGUUGAUCAGCCGGUGAUGAUGGGACGUGUCGAAUCGAAGCUGGAACGGUCGAACACCUUCUCCAUGGAUGCGUCCGAUAAUCCGAUGGUGUUGCAAAUGCUUGAGCAAUAAGAGAGCAAGCGCGUGUGUGAACUCCAAUGAUGGCCAGUUGCCGGAUGCCGUAGGGUCUUAUCUUGAAUGUGUGAGAUAAUAGGAAGAAAGAAGAGCCACAGGAUGGCUCCGAAGCAACAGGUAAAUCGAUUUGCGAAUGCGGUCCGACGAUCCCCCACGGACACAAACAAAUGGAUGCAAGUAUGCACUUGCAUUGUGAUCUAGUAAUUGAAACUGACUCCUAAACCGGAAACCUAAACUGAAAACUUCAUCACAAAUGUCUAGUCACAUUAUUAUUUAUAUAUACAUAUACAUAUACACACACGUACGGAGAUAGAAACCGUCAUAGAUCGGAGGAGGAAAUGAGCCCAAAAACGAUUCCUUUGCGGAUCGCUUUGCGGUGCAACGACUCUCCCCUCUGCACUCCACUCUAUAUUGCGUUGGUAGUGAUACUUAUCUGUUGCAAGAUAUAUAUAUAAAAAAAUGUAUGUAUUUAGGUGCCCAAAGGUUGAUGAAGCAACCGAAGGACAGAU